GGAGGCAGUGGCGGCGGUGGCGGCGGCGGCGGCGGCGGAGGGAGCCGGGCGCCGGAGCCGGGCCCCGCUGCAGGGAAAUGGCUCUGAAGGUUAAAUGAAGCCAAGAAAACAUAUGAACAGCGUAUUGCUACAUAUUUUGGGAAGAGCAUAUCAGAAAGUAAUUGGUCAACUGUUUUUGGUAACCAGUCAUAAUGAAGAAAAUCAGUCUUAAGACCUUUCGGAAGUCUUUCAACUUGAAUAAAAGUAAAGAAGAGAAUGAUUUUGUGGUGGUUCAACAACCAUCACUAACCACUGACUUUGGAAAAGAUGAUUCCUUGUUUAGUAGCUGCUAUGGUAAAGAUUUGGCCAGCUGUGAAAUUAACAGUGAAGAUGAGAAAAGUGGAAAAAAUAGAUCCAAAAGUGAAAGCUUAAUGGGUACAUUAAAAAGGCGACUUUCAGCAAAACAAAAGCAAAAAGGCAAGGGCAGCCCACCAUCUGUGAACUCAGCAGAUGAGGACACCUUCUCCUCUUCAUCAGCUCCAAUAGUCUUUAAAGAUGUAAGAGCUCAAAGACCAUUAAGGUCAACAUCCCUUCGUAAUCAUCACUAUAGUCCUACUCCAUGGCCUCUUCGUCCUACAAACUCAGAGGAGACCUGUAUCAAGAUGGAAGUAAGAGUCAAGGCUUUGGUUCACUCCUCCAAUCCAAGCCCAGCACUGAAUGGUGUUCGAAAAGAUUUUCAUGAUUUGCAGUCUGACAGUGUGUUCCAAGAACAAAACAGUGCAUUAAAAAGUACAGAAUCUCAAAAUGGAGACCUGCAUCUUCACAUCGAUGAACAUGUGCCUGUAGUUAUUGGACUUAUGCCUCAGGACUACAUUCAGUAUACUGUGCCUUUAGAUGAGGGAAUGUAUCCUUUGGAAGGAUCACGUAGUUAUUGUCUGGACAGUUCUUCUCCCAUGGAAGUGUCAACCGUUCCUUCUCAGGUAGGAAGGAACUCCUUCCAUGAGGAUGAGAGCCAGGUAGAUCAGGACAUAGUAGUUGCCCCAGAUAUCUUCGUGGAUCAGGCAGUUAACGGCUUGUUGAUUGGCACCACGGGAGUCAUGUUGCAAAGCCCAAGAGUGAAUCAUAGUGAUGUCCCUCCACUCUCACCAUUGCUACCUCCAAUGCAGAAUAAUCAAAUCCAAAGGAACUUUAGUGGACUGAAUGGCACAGAUACACAUGUGUCUGAAAGUAUGCGUUGCCAUUUGAAUUUUGAUCCUAACACUGCUCCUGGAGUUGGAAGAGUUUACGACUCUGUACAAAAUAGUGGCCCUAUGGUUGUGACAAGUCUUACAGAGGAACUGAAAAAACUUGCAAAACAAGGAUGGUACUGGGGACCAAUUACACGUUGGGAGGCAGAAGGAAAGUUGGCAAAUGUGCCUGAUGGUUCUUUUCUUGUUCGUGAUAGUUCUGAUGACCGUUACCUUUUAAGCUUGAGCUUUCGCUCCCAUGGUAAAACACUUCACACUAGAAUUGAACACUCAAAUGGUAGGUUUAGCUUUUAUGAACAACCAGAUGUGGAAGGGCAUACUUCUAUAGUUGAUCUAAUUGAACAUUCAAUCAGGGACUCUGAAAAUGGAGCUUUUUGCUAUUCGCGGUCUCGGUUGCCUGGAUCUGCAACCUACCCUGUCAGACUGACCAAUCCUGUAUCACGGUUCAUGCAGGUGCGUUCAUUGCAGUACCUAUGUCGUUUUGUAAUACGUCAGUACACCAGAAUAGACUUGAUUCAAAAACUGCCUUUGCCAAACAAAAUGAAGGAUUAUUUACAAGAAAAGCACUACUGAAAGCUUAUGGGAAUCUUGCAUCUUGCACUUUGGGAACAAGAAAAAGAGAUUGAAAUACAGUUUACAAACUUUCAUUGCUAUCAAAAUCUUUUGCUGCCAUAACUAUUUCAGUUUU